GGACAAAGCUAGUCCGUUCCCCUCUACCCUCCCGGAGUCCCCAGGUCAAACGUCUCCCAGUACUGCUUUACUGCAGGGUCUGGUUGACUGCAGGAAAACACCGGGGCAGAGUGGAACUGAGAGAGGAGAAGAAAAGGAAGAUGGAGAUUUGAUAUCAUUAAGGGACAGACCUAACCAUUGCUCUCUCAGUGGGAGGGGCUUAUCAUCUGGGGAGCCUCAACAACAUGAUGCUGACAAGACGUCCCUCCAGAAGAGUCUCUCCAGAUCAGAACGUCUCAAUAAACACCAGCAGAGACUUAUAGGGAAGAAACCUCGCCACCGCUGCUUUGACUGUGGGAAGAGUUUUGCUAAACAGACAGAAUUGAUAAUUCACCAGCGGAUUCACAUUGGAGAGAAGCCUUAUAGCUGUGGGAAGAGCUUCAGUCAGUCAGGACACCUGACUACACACAAACGCAUACACACAGGAGAGAAGCCUUAUAGCUGUGAUUGGUGUGGGAAGGGCUUCAAUCAAUCAGGAGCCAUGACUACACACCAACGCAUACACACAGGAGAGAAGCCUUAUAGCUGUGAUCAGUGUGGGAAGAGCUUCAGGAUGUCAGGAGAUCUGACUGCACACCAGCGCAUACACACAGGAGAGAGGCCUUAUAGCUGUGAUCAGUGUGGGAAGAGCUUCAUUCGGUCAGGAAACCUGACUGCACACCAGCGCAUUCACACAGGAGAGAAGCCUUAUAACUGUGAUCAGUGUGGGAAGAGCUUCAGGAAUUUAGGACACCUGACUGUACACCAGCGCAUACACACAGGAGAGAAACCUUAUAGCUGUGAUCAGUGUGGGAAGAGUUUUGCUCGAGAUUUCACCCUGACCAAACACCAUCUCACACACACUGGAGAGAAACCUUAUAGCUGUGAUCAGUGUGGGAAGAGUUUCAGGAUGUCAGGACACCUGACUAAACACCAACGCACACACACAGGAGAGAAACCUUAUAGCUGUGAUCAGUGUGAGAAGAGUUUUUCUCAAGAUUCCAACCUGACUACACACCAGCUCAUACACACAGGAGAGAAGCCUUAUAGUUGUGAUCAGUGUGGGAAGAGCUUCAGUCGAUCAGGAACCCUGACUACACACCAGCUCAUACACACAGGAGAGAAACCUUACUCCUGUCUAUGUGGAAAGAGCUUUGCUCAUUCAGGGUCACUGAAAAAACACCAGAAAGCUCAAACAUGUUUUCUUUCAUCUCCCUGCUCUCCGGCACCGGUUCCAGAUCCCUAAAUAAAGUUCAAUAGAAAACAUCUUGCGAAGAGUCAUCCAACUCCCAUUCUCUAACAGUUUAAGUCUGAUUACCAUGGUAACAUGUGUAGAUAAUAUGCAGCUCUGCAUCCAUAUGUAUAAAGCGUCUUGGAGUAGGAGUGCUGUGUAUGUGUGUUGGAGUGGGGGUGUUCAGAGCUGUAUCUUAUUUCAUUAAUUCCUAUUAUCCAUUAAAUAACUUUUAUGUAGAAUACUAUUUCAACAAUACCAGGUGUGUAUUCAUGUGUGGGGGAAAUGUUGUCUGAAGAGAGAAAUUGUACAUCUUGUCUUAUACAAUCAUUGGUUCCUGUUGGUGCUGGGUAGAGAUGUGAGGGGGGAGACGGUCAUGAACCCUCAGACCUUUUGGCAGAACGACCAGAAUAUGUUAAAUAAGUUAAGAUAGGAGAUGGUGCCAGUCACAUGCAGGAACCAAAUGUUAAUGAUGAAUUAAUUAUGAAUAAUGUAAAUCAUUCAAAAUAUAACUUGUCUGGUAAGCAGUAUAUAAGAGAACUAACGGGACUGCCCCGAAAGAGCUCCUGACCGAUGUGUAGUCUGGUGCAUUAUGUUUGUUGGAAUCUCUCCAGCUUGCUGAUAUUAAAGAAUUAUUAAUUAAAGUU